AUGUUUUUAAAUUUAAACUUGAGUAUUAAAGGAGGAUUUUUCAUAAAGGCAGUGAAACAAAAGCUUGCAAGUUGGGAUGGAAAACUUUAUAAAAAUUCGUCAAUAGUAAUAAGUUUGAUGAUUGAUAAAACAUCUUUCAAUAUGUUUUCAAUUCGAUGGUUGUUUCAAUAUGUUGAUGGAAUGAUAAGAAUCAAAAAGCUGAAUGGAGUUGAAGAAAUUUAUAAUCAAGUUGAGCUACUUUGCACUCCUGAAGUUCCUUAUAAUGAAUGCUUCAAAGAAACUCUUAAUUGCAGAAAAGAAAAUUCAAAUUUUCAAAUUGCAAAUAUCAUCAAACAGCAAACAGUUGAAGAAAAAUCAACAGAAUUGUUAUUUAGUGAAUUCCUCAAGGGCCGAAAGAAAAUCUUUUUGAAUACAGCAAGAAGUAAAACUUCCAAGAUUCACAGUCGCAAACCGAAAUCGAAGAAUUAUUUCUAG